UCCACGCCCAUGGCAGUGGCUUGCAGUAGGCUAGGCAUGCCUGCAUGGUCUGUGCUCGGAGAUCCAGGAAGGUCGGCGGACAGAAGAGAAGGGGGAGCGCGCACAUCAUGUUCCUAAAUCCCAUCGCUUGAAAGCAGACCACAACUCCAGCUCUCAUCUAAAAAGAAGGCAUCAUGAUUCCUGUGAUGGAAUUCCGGCAGUUCUCUGAACAGCAGCCAGCGUUCAGAGUCCUGAAGCCGUGGUGGGAUGUGUUCACCGACUACCUGUCUGUAGUCAUGCUCAUGAUUGGUGUCUUCGGAUGCACUCUUCAGGUAAUGCAAGAUAAGAUCAUAUGCCUUCCUCAGAGAGAGUCUUCAGGGAACACAAGUGAAGUGGAAGUGAAGUCACUGUUACACCUGCAGUCCAAUAUUUCAGCCGUACCAAGAGAAAUGACAGGCCUGAAAACCCAGCUGGAUUUUCAACAGUACCUUUUCAUCAAUCAGAUGUGUUAUGAGAAAGCUCUGCAUUGGUAUGCCAAGUUCUUUCCUUAUUUGGUUCUUAUACACACUCUUAUUUUCAUGGUGUGCAGCAACUUCUGGUUCAAAUUCCCUGGCUCGAGCUCUAAAAUAGAGCAUUUCAUCUCCAUGCUCAGCAAGUGCUUCGACUCUCCCUGGACCACACGAGCUUUGUCGGAGGUGUCUGGAGAAAAUCCUGAAGAAAAGGAUAAAAAGAGUGACACUUCUAGGUCCAACAUUGCUUUGUCUCCCGGAGAAGGAAGUUUGGAGAAGACACAGUCCCUCCGGUCUAUCCCAGAAAAGAUUGUAGCUGACAAACCAUCAGCAAGUGCUCUUGAUAAAAAAGAGGGUGAACAAGCUAAAGCUCUAUUUGAAAAGGUGAAGAAAUUCCGUUUGCACGUUGAGGAAGGAGACAUUCUCUAUCUGAUGUACGUCCGGCAGACAGUAUUCAAGGUGUUUAAAUUCCUCCUGAUCAUUGCCUAUAAUAGUUCUCUCGUGAAUAAAGUGCGAAAUAGAGUGAGUUGCCAAGUUGAGAUCCAGGACAUGACAGGCUACCGUAACUUUCAAUGCAACCACACUAUGGCUCAUCUGUUUUCUAAGCUUUCUUACUGUUACCUGUGUUUAGUGGCUGUCUAUGGAUUAACAAGCCUCUACACCUCUUACUGGCUGUUUUACCGCUCACUCAAAGAAUACUCCUUUGAGUAUGUGCGCCAGGAAACCGGCAUCAAUGACAUCCCAGACGUCAAAAACGACUUUGCUUUCAUGCUACACAUGAUUGAUCAGUAUGACCCGCUGUAUUCUAAACGAUUUGCAGUUUUUCUAUCCGAGGUCAGUGAGAACAAACUGAAACAGCUCAACCUCAACAAUGAUUGGACCGCGGAUAAAUUGCGUCAGAGACUCCAGACUAACAGCAACAACAGACUUGAACUUCAGCUGUUCAUGCUCCCUGGGUUACCCGACACUGUCUUUGAGUUGACAGAGCUGCAGUCACUCAAGCUGGAGAUCAUCAACAAUGCCACCAUCCCUGGCUCAAUCUCUCAGCUGGAAGACCUUCAGGAGCUGUCUCUUUACCAAUGCUCUUUAAAGUCGCAAACAACAGCUACCUCCUUCCUCAAAGAGAACCUGAAAGUGCUUCGUGUGAAAUUCGAUGAUAACAGGGAACUUCCAAACUGGAUGUAUGUCCUGCGCAACUUAGAGGAGCUCUAUCUCACUGGGUCUCUAAGCCCUGAUGCCUCCAAAAAUAUAGCUCUUGAGUCACUGCGGGAGAUGAAGGGUUUGAAAUUGCUCUAUCUUAAGAGCAAUUUGACCAAGAUACCUCAGUCUAUAGUGGAUGUCUCCAGCCAUCUGCAGCGGCUGUAUUUACACAAUGAUGGCACUAAGCUCGUAAUGCUCAACAACCUGAAAAAGAUGACCAACCUGAUCGAGCUGGAGCUAGUGCAUUGUGAUCUGGAACGCAUCCCACAUGCAAUCUUCAGCCUAACCAAUCUGCAAGAGCUUGACCUGAAAGAGAAUAACCUUCGCUCAAUAGAGGAGAUCAUCAGCUUCCAACAUCUUCGAAAACUCACUUGCCUUAAACUUUGGCACAAUGGUAUCAUGUACAUCCCAGAGCAUAUCAAGAAGCUUGGCAGCCUAGAGCGCCUCUACUUCAGUCACAACAAGAUUGAGAUAUUGCCUUCGCACCUGUUCUUGUGCAACAAGCUGCGCUACCUGGACGUGUCCAACAAUGACAUCCGAUUCAUCCCCCCAGAAAUUGGAGUUCUUCAGAGUCUACAGUAUUUCUCUGUCACCUGUAACAAAAUCGAAAAUCUACCAGAUGAGCUCUUCUUUUGCAAGAAGCUCAAAACACUAAAGCUUGGCAAAAACUCGUUGUCCUCACUGUCGCCAAAGAUUUCCUACCUAGCUCAACUGACGUACUUGGACCUCAAAGGCAACCACUUUGAGCUUCUGCCCCAAGAGCUCGGUUGCUGUCGUGCAUUGAAGCACAGUGGCCUUAUAGUGGAAGACACACUGUUUCAAACAUUGCCUCCUGAUGUCAGGGACCAGAUGAAGGCUGAGUGAGAUGCCUUUUUGUAGCCACAGUGCCUGCUGUUUGUUCAGUUUAACAAUUCAGAGCAUUUGUUUUGUAUGAACUCAUUACCAUACUUACGUAUUACACUACUGUUAAAAAAGUUAUGUUUCCUUGAUGGAAGGGAAAAUUACUUAUUCAUAUAUUGUAACAUAAGCCUCUUUCACACAGAGAUACCGCAAAUUUGCCGUUUUCACUUUUUCAUACUGAACCAAACAACGCCGGCGUAACACAGCCUUAAGGUGCAACGAAAUGUGAUAAUGUAAUCAUUUGCACCGUGAUUAUAUAUAUCUUUUAGUUUACUUAAAAAAAAAAAUGCUAAACUUGAUUACAAGGUAGUUCAGCAUUUGUUCCCUUCCUUUAAGGUUUUACACUGCAGGUUAUAUGCUGCUUACAACUCAAAACAGCAUCAGAUAGAACCAAAAUGAUGUGUUUUUAAAAUGAAAGUUUUAUUUGCGGGAGUUAUCUCACAGGAACCUCAGAGAUUUUGUGUUGACUGAAUUAAACUGAAUUACACACAAAGCAUGUAAAUAUUGCAUCAAGUAGCAGCGUGAAAUCCUUUUUCUAAAAUAGCACAUUUUACUGUAAGACAUAAGAGUAUACCUGUUUUUGUCUGGGUUUAAGCUGUUAUAGCGGUUUUCACCUGGUAUUAAAAUCCUUCCUGAGUGAGUCGAUCACAAGUACAAAGCUCUAGGUACACAUGUUUACACCUGGCAGUAGUAUGCGUCUCCAAGCGGCUACCCUUUUACAGGCUACAGUGGGGCACAGAGCUCCGGACAGCCGGGGCAUAAGAGCAGGCAGCACCGUGGGAAAAAAACCCUGACACAUCACUGACAGUAUGACAAUAAAGUGGUUUCAGUGACAUGAGAAAUACUUUGAAUGAGUACGUAGUUCCGCUCACAGUUGAGUCGACGGUCCUUAAUGUGGCCCAGGACACAUAUGCAUACACACUACUAAAAGAAUGUGGUCAUACAUGGCCCAAUUUACUUCCGAAUGUGGUGUAAUGGCGUUUUUCCAUAACAUGGUACCUGCUCGACUCGCCUCGACUCUACUUGCCUUUUUUGGAUUUCCAUAAUGAAAGAAAGUACCUGGUACCUGCCAACAGGUACUUUCUUUUUAGUAUCACCUCUGUCGAGGUUCCAAGCGAGCUGAGGAGAUACCAAAAGGUGACGUCAAAAGCUGCAGACUACUGAUUGGUCAGAGAGAAUCGUCACUAGCAGAGCUGGUACCAGCAGUGGGUAAGCACCAUAUGUGAUUGGAUCAUUCACACCUGCACUUGUCAACAUGUGAUCAGAUCACUCAGAUUACAUUUUAAUACCAGCAGAAAACGGGGCUUUAAAAAAUCUGUGCGUGUCCUUGCUGCUAUAGAAAUUAACGCAGUGGUAAAGGGAUGGAGAUGGGUGAUUCUUUAAUGGCCCAUCUGCGAUGACAAAAGAAUACAGACGCUCUUGGGCGUCAGACCCUAAAAAGUUAAGCGGUGCUAUUGUUAAAGGCGCAACAUUCCUGUAUUUAACAGGCUGUGUGAAAGGGGCUUUAAAGUGUGGCUGUAACAGGAGUGCUUGUUCUGUUAUUCACUUUUGACAUAUUAUCCAGCCACAAAUCCUUCUUAAAGGUCCAAUGAAAUGCUGCUUUUUGGAUGCUUUUAGAUAGGCCUUAGUGGUCCCAUAAUACUGUA